AAAAGAAAGAAGAAGAAAGAUCAAAGAUGAUACUAAGAACAGCCCUAAGGGGCAUCGUCCUUUUCGUUAUACUCAUCGGGAAAUCGGUUGAUGCUCAAGAUGAUGAUUCUUUAGCCGGCAGCUUCUUAUCAGGUCUCUUGGAUUCUAUAACCAGCACGGCAAAGAGCGCGGAUUGUCCUGGUGUUUGCGUCCAUGCACUUGCAACCUUGAUGUGCGAUGAAGUACUCGAAGAUGUUCAAUGUCCAACGAGUAGCAUGCGAUGUUGUAUUAUCGAGCCGGUUAAUUCUUCUUCUUCAUCGUCUUCCGAUGAAAAUUUCAUCGAGCAAACAACUACUCCUAUAGUUUUGUCGACUACAACUCCGUCUACGACGACGACGACGACGACGAUGAUGACAACGGUGGCAGCAACGACGACGACGACGAUGAAAACGACUACUACGCUUGUCUCUACACCAGUUUCUACUACACCGAGUAAACAAAAUGAGCCAGCUGAUAAAUCUCAAGGAAAAACGUGCUCGGGAAUAUGUAUGCCAGAAAGGAUAGCCGAUUAUUGUGAUGCUAUACUCGCUAUAGACUCUCUCUGCAAGUUGGGACACAAAUGUUGCGUCACGAGAGAUGCUUUUGGUGAUUCUCCACCAGCAGAAUUAUUGGUGAUCGAUCGAACAAACGCAAGUCGAUACAAUAUAUCUAACAAAAAUGGUAUGUCUUCUCAAACGAGUACGAGACCUGGUAUUCACUCAACGAAUCCAUCAAUGGCUACGACGACGACAACUAGUACGGUAUGGACGUCGACUAAACAACCGUCGACGGCAAUUACGACAACAACGAGUACGACGACGAUGCAAACAAGACCAAAACCUACUUUGAGAAAACCAUGUAAAGGCGAAUGUACCAGCGGUCUAUAUGCUCUCUUUUGCGACAACAUUGAUACAGAAGCAGAUUGUCCAGGAGACAGAUCUUGUUGCAUUACCGAAUUACUUGUAAAAGAGGAAGCAACGACGACCGUCCGUCCAACUACAAGGCCUUCGCCUCCUCAACCUAAACUGCCACCUUGCCCUGGUUUCUGCUUGCUGACAAUCAUGGCAGCAUUCUGUGAACGACCAAACGUGAUUAUUGCUAAAACAUCCACUUGUCAAUCUGGAUCGAUUUGCUGUGACAACACGAAAAGUCCGCCGCAGACUCCAAGACCACGACCGAGACCUACGACGAGACCAACAACCACCAUAACUUUACCACCUGAUCCACGUCCGGAGUGUCCUGGUUCUUGCAUCGUAUCCUACUUAUCCUUCACUUGUUUCAGAAAUGCAGAAUUAACGAAUUUGUUCAAGUGCAAGAAACAGGGACAUCAAUGUUGCGCCCCGAAAUCAUUAAUCAGAGAACUUCAUGGUGGAAAUAGCAGUGAACCGAUUUUGACUAACAGAAAUGAUACUUACAACAAUAUCGUUACGUCUAAACCACAUACGUCUGACUUUACUCCAACAAUUUACGAAACGACAACGAUGACGAUAUCGACGACUACAAAGAGUCCAGUGUACAGUAAAUAUGUAUGCGGUGUAAAAGGAACUUCUCGUGGCCCGAUUCAAGCUCGUAGUUCCGAAAGAGUUGCACGUGUAGUUGGAGGAGAAGAUGCAGAUGCCAAUGAAUGGUGUUGGCAGGUUGCUCUUAUUAAUUCUCUUAAUCAGUAUCUUUGUGGUGGAGCUCUUAUCGGUACUCAAUGGGUAUUGACAGCAGCUCAUUGUGUCACAAAUAUCGUAAGAUCAGGUGACGCGAUCUACGUGAGAGUUGGAGAUCACGAUUUAACUCGCAAGUAUGGUAGUCCUGGUGCGCAAACGUUAAGAGUCGCUACUACUUACAUUCAUCACAAUCACAACAGCCAAACUUUAGAUAACGAUAUAGCUUUAUUGAAAUUAUAUGGCCAAGCGGAAUUGAAAGAUGGAGUUUGUCUUGUUUGUUUACCUGCUAGAGGUGUUAGUCAUACGGCUGGUAAACGGUGUACAGUUACUGGCUACGGAUACAUGGGUGAAGCUGGUCCCAUUCCUCUUCGAGUACGUGAAGCAGAAAUACCGAUUGUUAGCGAUGCCGAAUGUAUAAGGAAAGUAAACGCUGUGACGGAAAAAAUCUUUAUACUUCCAGCUAGUAGUUUUUGUGCGGGUGGAGAGCAGGGCAAUGAUGCGUGUCAGGGUGAUGGAGGAGGUCCAUUGGUUUGUCAGGAUGAUGGCUUUUACGAAUUAGCAGGUUUAGUAUCGUGGGGCUUUGGCUGUGGAAGGUUGGAUGUUCCUGGUGUUUAUGUUAAAGUAUCCGCCUUUAUCGGUUGGAUAAAUCAAAUCAUAUCGGUGAAUAAUCUUUAAUUGUCUUAUACAUGCUACUGAAAGAGUCCGAAAGAACUGAAACGUUUAUUUAUUAUUAAUAAAACGUUAAUACACUUUGGUGCGCAUUGCGUUGUAAUAUGUUUAACGACGUAGUGCACGCGUAACGAGGAUGACGAAUAAAUUGUUUACAGUCGUCAUCGGAAGCAUUGAAUGCCUGUGCCAAAAAAUUAUAUUUUAUAAAAUGCUAAGCUAAUUUUUUUGUUAUGCGUGCAACUCUGGGAUUUUUGAAUAAUAAGUAAACAAGAGGCUCGAUAAAAAAGUCCCAUUUUUUUUUUUUUUAGACAAACGUGUGCUCCAUUUUUGCGCACUUGUGACAAUAAGAAAAACAAUAUUUUUCUAAUGUCAAAGGGUCCAAAAUAAAUUUCUUUUCUGUGCACUCAUGUGUAC